AACAUCAUGAUGGCGGUAUCGAAGAAAGCUGCCUUGAAAGUCACUCUGCUGGCUGCACUAUUACUCCAGGUUUGCGAUGGACUGUCCACAAAGAAAGCAAGCCAGCUCUCAGUGCAGGAGAUUGAGGAGGAAAUCCAGAACUGCCCAUUGGUACAGAGUCUUAAUCUCCACAAGGAAGCUGUAGCUUCCGAGACGCCAUCAUGGACAACCUCACUAUUUAAAUUCAUUUUUCCAAGCUCUCACCCUGCAAUCAAUGCGCUCUUAGCAACGCUCUACAUCUCAGGCCCGCCGAACUUCCUCCUUGCUUUAUGCCCUCCAAAUGUUGAUCCGAACAGUCUCUCAGUGAUGGUCGCGUUUGCUGUUGGUGGUCUCUUAGGUGACACGCUCUUCCAUCUCUUGCCGGAAAUAUUCUUGGGCGAGGAAGAGGCGGGCAAAGUCAAGUUCGUUAUGGUAGAACCAAAUAAGAACCUUCUACUAGGUGCUGCGAUUAUGAUUGGCUUCAUGACCUUUGUUGCUAUGGACAAGGGCCUGCGCAUCGCCACGGGUGGUGAGGGUCAUUCUCAUGACCAUAGUCAUAAUCAUACCUCCCAAGAAAAAGAAAAUGGCUUGAGCACAGGUAUAGAAAAGACACCAUCAGGGAAAGCGAAAUCCCGAAAAGGCAAACAGCAUGUCAAUGGCAGCGCAAUUACUAAGUCAGAGUCCAAGCAAGCAUCGCAAUCCAUUAAGCUAUCCGCUUAUUUGAAUUUAAUUGCCGACUUCACACACAACAUCACCGACGGCUUGGCCAUGUCUUCUUCCUUCUAUGCCUCGCCCACGGUUGGUGCGACCACGACUAUGGCAGUCUUUUUCCACGAGAUACCACAUGAGGUUGGGGAUUUUGCGCUUCUCAUCCAAAGUGGCUUCUCCAAGCGAGCUGCCAUGCUUUCACAAUUUGUGACUGCUCUGGGUGCUCUUCUAGGUACUUGCAUUGGCAUUGCCGUCCAGGAAUUUGGUGGCAAUAGCGCCUCGGUCAAACGUGAAGGUCCAGGUCUUUGGGGUACAAGUCUGCAGUGGGGAGACCUUCUUUUACCAUUCACUGCGGGGACUUUUUUGUAUGUCGGAACUGUCGCAGUGAUACCGGAAAUGCUGGAAACUGGGCCGAAUAAGGCGUUAGAAAUGAGGAAGAUGAUUACGCAGUUCGCGGCGGUAGCUGCCGGUGCAGGCAUUAUGUUGGCGAUCUCAUGGUCAUGAUAAAUUUCAAGAAUAGACCGUUUUAAUAAAAUUUUGGCAUUGAUGACACAAACUCGUAGAAGAAUUUUGCCUAUAGGACAUGUUCCUAAUGUGGAUUUUGAUAUCAAUUCUCAAGCUCUUAUCGUAUUCUUUCUUCCAUGCUGUCU